GACAAGGCUGCUAUCAAAGAGAAGAUAGAGGCUUAUAGUGCUUGUGACAUCUAUAACUUUGAUGAAACAGCACUUUUCUAUGCCGCCCCACCAAGAACAACAAUUUCCUGCCAGAAAUUUUCUGGUUGGAAGGAAAAUAAGAAGCGGCUUACAGUAGACCUUUUGUGCAAUGCCAAUGGAACAGACAAGUGGUCUGACAUAUUGAUGAUUGGUCAUGCAAGAAGACCAAACUGUUUUAACAAAAGCAACAAAAAACAAGAGGCAGUAGAUCAUGGAUUGUCUAUGUAUCAUUACAACAGUAAUGUCUGA